AUGAUAAUUGCAUUAUAUACUGUGAUAUUGAAAGAUCUGCAGAACUAGAUGAGAUGAAUGAAGGUGGAAAACACUUCAAAGUUGAACUGUGUCGUGGCAACCACGUCUCAGACUCUCCAUCCUCAUAUCCGUCAUUGCUUUCAUCAAAGAGUGAGGUUACUGUAUGACAUUAUUUUAUUUUUAGCUUUUUAAUAUAUACAAGUUUAUAUAUUUUGAAAUCACAAAUUGAAAUUAUAUUUGGGAUUAGAUGAGUCUUUCCCAGAUAGUUGAUGUUGGACUAGCAUAGCAAUUAUGAGGACAAAAACAGCAUGCUUCAUGCCUUUCUUGACUGUUUUGAUUUAGUCUUCCUUUAAUAUUUCACCAAAUAUUUGGACAUUGGUCUUACAUAAUUUAGACUUCAAAAUAAUGUAAGUCUAAAUUACAUAAAAUAUUCUCCUAAACCCAGCCCAAUUAUGAUAUUGACAGAUUGUUAAUCUACACAUUGUGUAGUACAAUUUUUGCAAAGUCAAUGCUGUACUACAAAUCUGAAGGUUGAAUGACCUCCACACAAGUUAAGCCUGAUUUUAAUUGAUGAAUAAAUAAUGUGAUGACUAUUUUCUCAUUCAUGCAAAUAGGCAUAACUUAAUCAAGUUUUGUAGACUUCUAGCCAUUGAGAGGGACAAAGAGGUGGAAUAAGGAGCUGCAUACAUACAAUGACUUCCAUCUCUUCCCUGAAAUCUCUCAAAUCGACUUCGUUUGUUAUUGUUGUAGUUCUCAUUCUUUCAAUUCAGUUUAUUUUGAUUGACGCCCAUGGUGGUAUCAGUCAUGAUCAUGAAGAUAGUCCAGUCAGUCAUGACGAAUCUAGUAGUACUCCCAAGAAUGUCGAUUCAAGGAAGCUUGUCAUAGUCAAAAUAUGGUGUUUAGUCAUUUUUCUUGUUAGCACCUUUGUAUUUGGAGUCUCCCCCUACUUCUUACGAUGGAACGAGAACUUUCUCGUUCUUGGGACUCAGUUUGCUGGAGGAGUCUUCCUUGGAACAGCAAUGAUGCAUUUCUUAAGCGAUGCCUCUUCUGUUUUUUCUAACCUCACAUCCCUUGAAUAUCCAUUUGCUUUCAUGUUAGCCUGUGCUGGAUAUGUCCUUACCAUGUUCGGUGAUUGCAUAAUUAUGUACGUUGCCAAGAAAAGCGCAGGGAAAAAGAGGGUGGCAGUAGAAGAAUAUAGAGAUGAGGAACAACCAGAGAAAGACGAAGGAAUGGAGCACAGCCCAAUCUUCAUAAGAACUACAUCAGUUGGAAACUCUGUUCUUCUCAUAGUUGCUCUUUGUUUUCACUCUAUUUUUGAGGGCAUUGCUGUUGGAAUUGCAGAUAAUGAAGGAGAUGCAUGGAAGAACUUAUGGACUAUAGCCCUGCACAAAGUCUUCGCGGCCAUUGCAAUGGGGAUUGCCCUCUUAAGAAUGAUCCCAAAGCGGCCAUUUUUGGCAACCGUGGCCUACUCUUUUGCCUUUGCGAUUUCAAGCCCUAUCGGUAUAGGGAUUGGAAUCGCCAUUGAUGCAACAACCGAAGGCCCUGCAGCAGACUGGACUUACGCCAUUUCCAUGGGAUUUGCUACCGGGAUAUUCAUCUAUGUUGCUAUUAAUCAUCUCAUUUCCAAAGGUUAUAAGCCACAUUCUCCUUGUUACUUUGACACCCCAUUUUAUAGAUUCUUUGCUGUUCUUCUUGGAGUUGCUGUCAUUGCAGUUGUGAUGAUAUGGGAUUAAGAUCCAUCACAGUUGUAUUUGAGGUAAUUAAUACAAAAUUUCCAUAAAACUUUGUUCAUUUGUUGAGAUGAUUAUACCAUUAUAUAUUACCUGUAGCUGUUUGUAUAUGUCUUUGCGAAAUGAAAUAUGAUUUGCUUGGAAGAAUGAUGUUAUAUUUAACUAGUAAUCUGUAUAAAUCAGAAGCAUAAACUUGGUAAAGAUGAAUGCCAGCCUAUACGUCACAGACUCACAACCUGUAGAGAUUCCAAUUAGUAAGAUGUUAUUUCAUCUGUGUGCCAUGUCUAUAUUAUUUUUAUCGCUGUUAGAUAUACAAGAUUGUACUCGUGCAAAUGCAUGGGAUAUAUAUUGGAUGAUCUCUGGGAGAGGACGCCAGGCCCCAAGGUGUUUCAUGUACCAAAUAAUCAAAAAUGAAAAAAAAAAAAAAAAAAAUACACGCGGU